GCCCACCAUAACCUCUCAGGGCUGAGUGAAGGUAGCAGUGUCUAUAUUCAGUUUAAGUAAUCUGUGUGGCUUCUGAUUUGCUGUACUCAGUGUGUAGUGAUACAAAUAAUCACAAACUGUGUACUGGAGCAGAACCCUUUACUAUGGCAGACAAAGGAGAAAGCAGUGACAGAUCUUCAAAAGCCCGCAGUGUUCUAACGUGGGAGCAAGUCAGUCGCUUAAACAGCUUCCUCACAGAGGUGGUGCCUAUUCAUGGACGUGGCAACUUCCCCACACUGGAAAUCACCCUGAAGGACAUAGUGCAGAUGGCACGUAGCCGUCUGGAAGCGGCAGGAAUCAAAGUACGUGAUGUCAGGCUCAAUGGCUCUGCAGCUAGUCAUGUACUGGUGAAAGACAAUGGCCUGGGCUAUAAGGACUUGGACCUCAUCUUUGGUAUCACUUUAUCAUCUGAGGCGGAGUUCCAGCUUGUUAAAGAUGUAGUCAUUGGUUUGCUUUUAAACUUCUUGCCUGAAGGUGUAAACAAAGAGAAAAUCAGCCCACUGACUCUCAAAGAAGCUUAUGUCCAGAAACUAGUAAAGGUCUUCACAGACACUGACCGGUGGAGCUUGAUAUCGCUGUCCAACAAAGAUGGGAGAAACAUUGAGCUGAAGUUUGUCAACUCUAUCCGCCGCCAGUUUGAGUUUAGUGUGGACUCCUUCCAAAUUGUGCUAGACUCCCUGCUGUUUUACCAUGACUGCUCAGAGAAUCCCAUGUCAGAACACUUUCACCCAACUGUUAUUGGAGAGAGUAUGUAUGGGGAUUUUGAGGAUUCUCUGAACCAUCUCCGUCACAAGCUUAUUGCUACAAAAAAUCCAGAGGAGAUCAGAGGAGGGGGUCUCAUGAAAUACAGUAACUUGCUUGUCCGGGACUUUAAGCCAGCAGACAAGGAGCAGAUAAAAUCCCUGGAACGUUACAUGUGCUCCCGCUUCUUUAUAGACUUCUCUGACAUCUUUGAACAGCAGCGAAAGUUGGAGUCUUAUCUCCAAAAUCAUUUUAUGGGUGAAGAAAAAAGCAAAUAUGACUAUCUGAUGAUCCUGAGGAGGGUUGUUAACGAGAGCACAGUCUGUCUUAUGGGUCACGAACGUAGGCAGACUCUCAAUCUCAUCUCUCUGCUGGCCUUACGUGUGUUAGCAGAGCAGAACAUUAUUCCCAACGCAACAAAUGUCACCUGUUAUUACCAGCCAGCACCUUACGUCAGUGAUGCCAACUUCAGUAAUUACUACAUUGCCAACACCGCAGUUUCCUACAGCCAGUCUUAUCCUACAUGGUUACCCUGUAGUUAAAUAGCACUUGUAUGGACCAUGUGGAAGCUUGUUUGACUUUUUUCGAAUUAAGCACUUGGCUUCCCAGUAAAUCUCUGGCACCUGAUAGUUCAGCUUUGUGGUGACUUAUUUUUUUUUUUUUUAUAUAUAUAUUUUUCCACCACUCUAAAGCGGACCUAUAAGUCCCCCAUACUCUGGUCCUUUAUCUCUACGAACCUUGUGGCCCUUCUGGACAUCCCAGUAUGUUAAUGUUGGGUCAGUUACUCACAAAGUGCUGUAGCAGUUACGCUCAGGUUCUAUGUUUUAAUGUCCUUGUUGUGAUACCUUUGCUGUUUAACAAAUAGCCGCGGUGAGCGGUAUCUGUAUUCUGAUGUCUGCAGGGCAGAAUCAGGCUCCAGCUGCAGAGGAGUUAAAUCAUCAGGUGACUCUUAAGAGUCUGGUAUUAACACUUGGUGGUACAUACAUUAUGUGACUUGAUCCUAAUAUUGGUGGGGUAUAGGUCAAAUGUAAAGGCUGGAAACUUUUCACUCCUUAAUGGGGUUUGGAAGCUUUGCAACAUGGUCCAUUUGAGGCCUUUGGGUUAAAUUAAUUUAAAAAACAAAAAAAUUAAAAAAAAAAAACUUAAAAAAAAAAUAUAUAUAUUGAAAAUAAAAAUGUGAAUUUUUUUGCGUUAUUUAUUGUAAGGAUAACUUAACAAAAUACACCCAGAAACAGUAUAAAAACAAAAAGCAAAAAAUAUGUUACAAAAGUGUUAAUUUUGUGUGACUUGUGGUGAGGGGAUAAUGUUAGUGCUGGAAUCUUAUAAGCAGAGUUUUCUUUUGUAAGUAACGGGUAAAUAUUUAUGUUCUAGUUAUGAAUGUGCUGGUAUUAGCGGGGUUAGCAUUGUGUGCUUAGUUAUAGGGAGGGGAUUAUAUAAGUUUGUUCUGUAACUGCUGUAUGACCUCUGUAUUAUGAGGGGCACAUCUGUGAAGCGUCCCUUUUCCUGUUGAAAGCAUGUGGGUUACACUGAAGAUCUGACUGGCCGGUUCAUCUGGUAAAGUGAUUUACUUGUAAAAAUGUCUGUAUUGCAAGUAUCUUGCUUUGAUAGAAUAAAGUGUUGCUAUGCUGGGGCAUUGAGUUGGUUAAUGAGUCAAUGUGCAGAUUUACUAUUGCCAGUGAGUAUGUACUACACAAAAUACAGAGUUUGUGCUCCAGUUGUAGAUCACACAAACCUCCACUCCUAGGACCUGUCUGAUUUUAACCCUUGGCUGCAAGGGUCAAUGGUGCUGGGGGGGUUAUCAUGAAUGAAAAUAAAUCAUAUUUGCCCUGCAAGCCUAACAACCUCAGGUCUAGACCAUAACAUAAGGCUUCUAUGUAGCGUGGGCUAUGGCUGGUAUCAGCCUAGGUUUAUUAUACACCAAGCUGUAAAUAUAGAGUUCUCAAUAACUGCACAGAAUUCCAAAUUGUGAUCAGUAUUACGCCUAGCUCAAGUGCCUUAACAGACCUUGCAGGGUCUUUUGUCUUUCUCUGAAGACCUAUAACUCUGUAGUGCAGCUUUCUGGCCUCUUAAAACACAAGGUGUUUUCAGUAAUACACCGCACAAUUCCUAAACUGUUAUACUGUAAUAUGCGCAUGGGUUGAUGCUCGAACUUAAGCAGUUGCUAUCAAAUCCUUAGUGCUGUAGAGCAAGGCCAAAACGUCUUAACAUGUGACCUAGAGCCGUAUCAGUGGUGAAUCCAAAGAAAGUAUGAGACGUCUCAUCCGUCUGACUUAACCUUUUUAUAGUGCAGGCCUGCGGUAUUCUGGCUACACAAGUUACUAUCUUGUACAGUGCAAGUACUCUAGUGUUUAGCAUCAGUCAGGUUACUAUCCUAUACUCUGGGGUUAAUCAGACUGAUGCUAGCUACUAAUGACCUGAGUCUCCACAAACCUAUUUAAAGGGGCAUUAAAUGGACUUUGUUAUGCAUAUGAGACUUUUAAAACUUUUUUUUUUUAAACUACAUGCUCAAUUUGUUAUUGACAGAUCACUGGAUGAGUAGGGAAAACCUUCCAUCUUUAUCAAUGGACAUCCAGUGUAAUGAAAGCAUUAAGAGGGUUAACUUUUGUUUCUAAUAUGGGGGGGGGGAUGUCCAUAUUACACUGGUGCAGCAAGGAGUUGACACACUAGGGGCAAAUGGCAUGGGAGCUUGCAGUAUGUAGGGGGGCAGUUAAGGGCAGCUGUGAUACAAGGGAAAAGCAAACGUCUGUUAGAGCAGCACAGACAUGUUUUGCCUCUGGCUUGUACAGGGUUCAAAUUUAACAUCACCUUUAUCUUAACAAGAGCCUGGCACAGCAUGUGCCCUCCAGCUCUAGAAGACCUUUACAAACAUUAACCGUCUGCAUUAUGUAUAAAGCGUUUUAGGGGACUCGCUGAAUUUUUUUUAAGUUCAUUAAAAGGUUUUUGCUUAACCUGCCUAUGGGCACUGCUUAAAUAUAAAAAGGGCAUUUAUGUUAAGUUUCUUGUCAGACUUGUAGCUGUGGGAGUUGUGUUAGCAAUUUUAUGUUAUACCUGUAUAUUGACAUGCUGAUCAUUUAAUAUGAAUGGUGGGAAAGUAUAGAAUGCCCCUUUAAACAAAUGGCUCACCCAGGGUACAGAGAACCUAUGAGCAACAGGUAUCGCUUGCUGAGGGUGAGAUACAGAACAUCAGGGGUUAAACCUCAACACCAUUCAGGUAAAUACAAUUUAACACUCUCUAUAAAAUCGUAUUUUUAUCCCCGUACACUUAAUGGUAACGCAGCAGCCAGUAUCACUGAGUUCUUACCCUCUGUUAACUUCAUAGCACUCACGGAUUGCUAGAACACUGACCUGUCACAUCUCCUCCCCCCCCCCCCUUUUUUUUUUUUUUUCCUUUAGAAAACAAUUCCAGACAGGGUGUAUUUUGCCUUUAGUGUUUGAUAGUUUGCUGUUCUUGGAUUUCCCCCCCCCUUCACACAACAGGAUGUCUCCCUGGCAGUCAUUUGAGUAUUUAGGGCUUUGUGUUGCCCUAGCAUCAGUGAUAACUUCCAUUUGUAGUAUAACAGUUCUGCUAAGUAUAUUGAUGCUUAUGAAAAUGUAAUGGUUUGGGUUUUUUCAACUAUAUAAAGUCUUUAAAACUCAUAGUUGUAGUGCAGUCUUCCCUUCACCACAACACUAUGGAGCUGCCCUAGAUGAAUAGAGAUUACUAUUAACCUAAUCAGCCCUUAAAUUAAGUCUCUUGUGACGUAAUCCAGAGCUUAGUGCUGCAAGCAACAGGUGGGUUCUUCAUUUAUGCAUUUUGUACACAAGUGAUAAGCCUGUUAGUGCAGUGAUCUUUUAAAGAUCAGUCUUCUCAGGGAGUAUAGAAAGAUAGAGAAUCUUCUCUCUGACUUCUAAAUCAGACCUUACUAUGCCAGUUAGUAGGCAAAGGGUCCUACUAGAUAUCUUUUACCAGCUGUUUACAUCUGGAACAGCCAGUGUUCAUCUUUCAGAGCUUCCCCCCCCCCCCCAAACUACUAUAACUGCAUAGUAUACUCCAGUUACUUGAUUUUAUCUGGGGAUUGGCUUUCUGAACAAGGAAUGUGGGAGGGGGGGGUCUCUACAGCCUACCUGUCUGCACAACUAUUCUAGGUUGCUUUUUUUUUUUUUUUUUAUUUAAUGUUUACGGAAAAAUAUAGUACAGGUCAAUCCCUGACUGUCCUGAGGUUCCUCUGAGCCUGCCCUGUUGCUGGCACAAUGUCUGCAUGACCUGGUCAGCGUCCCCUUGCACAGACACUUCCCAGGUCAGUGCGUGGUGUGCUUUGUUUAGCUGCACUUACUGGUGCCAAGUUGGAUCCACUUCCCCCCCCCUCUGCUCAUUCAGCUGUGGCCAAUAUUCUAACCAUGCUGAUACAAUCACUGUAUUGUGAUAUGCCCAUUAUGGCCGCAUUAACAAAUGGAUAAGCAUGUUGCAUCUAGCAGUUACUAUUGCAGUGGGAACUCUUGAGGCUGUAAGGUAUUAAAAUAAACUAUAAAACAGGGGUGUUGCUGUAAGCAUAUGUAGAAUAAAGUUGAGACAUUGUUCCUGGUAAUUGCCAAUCCCAUAGUUGGAAUCGGAGUGCAUCCAUACCUUCCUAGUCAUUAAAUGUAUUGCUAUGUGGAUGCCCUCUGCCAUUGGAUAUGUAGGAAAGGAAAUCCUUGGACUGGUAUAAAAGCUUAUGUCAGCCCAUGUGGUCAAUAUCCUAACUAUUUAGUACAUCUUCAGUCCUAGACUAUGGCAUAAAGGGACACUGAACCCAAAAUGUUUCUUCCGUGAUUCAGAGAGCAUGCAACUUUCUAAUUUACUCCUAUUAAUAUUUUUCUUUCUCUUGCUAUCUUUAUUUGAAAAAGGCAUCUAAGCUUUCGUUCAGAACUCUGGACAGCACUUUUUUUUUUUUAUUGUUGGAUGAAUUUAUCAACCGAUCGGCAAGGACAACCCAGGUUGGUCACCAAAAUGGGCUGGCAUCUAAACUUUCUUUCUUGCAUUUCAAAUAAAGAUGCUAAGAGAAUGAAGAAAAUGUGAUAAUAGGAAUAAAUUAGAAAGUUGCUUAGAAUUUCAUGCUCUAUCUGAAUCGUGAAAUUUUUUGGGUUCAGUGUCACUAACGCUAGAAUUGUGUUAAGGUAUAAUGUUCACUCUUUGGUUGCCAGAGGGAUGGGACCAAACACUUUCUCUCAGCAAAAGUCUUGAGUAAAAGGUCUCAGUAUCAUACUGCUUGUAUAAGAGCAAUAGGCGAGGCUUCUUGAGGAGUAUUUGCAAUAAUGCUACAUGCACCAUGUUUAGGAGUUCUGAUUUACACCACUAAAUGUUUGUUCAUAAACCAUGUUUAAACUAUGCAAAAUCUUUAUUGCAUGAAAACUAAAGCAACGUUAAGUUUAGGAUUUAACCCUAAAACGUCUGUCUAGUGCUGUCACAUGGCUGCUCCUUGAAGUUUUGUGUGACUAUUGUAAUGAGUUCAGGGACAGGCUGUGACACUAUUGGUGGUUACCAUGGGCAUGCACCAUUCCAUGGCUAAACCCCAUCUGAGUUGCUGCUGCACUCGUCGGGGGUGAAAUGUUUGAUAUGAUGAAGCCUUUAUCAGUUGAAAUAAAUUUUGUUCUGUUAAAUUCUUUUUCUUUAAAUGCAAAUAUUGUUGCAAACUUUCAUGUGAAAAGUAAAUAUUUUGUGUUAUUGACAGGGGAAAAAUAAAGAUUUAUUUUAAAAUUC